UAUCAAUAUCUAACAACAACAAGGGCGUUUGUGUACAGAACGACGUUAAGUAGUAGGAUAAGAACGCUGUUUGUCACUGUACGGACGGACUGGUUGCGAGAAGGAGAAAAUACAGAAUCAGCAGCGACCAUGGCAGAAUUAACGGUCUCCCCUCCCUCGUUGACUGAGCUAAGAGCCUUGUCUGAUCAAGAACAUUUGGAAUGUACAGAAGAGGAACUCGUCACUGUUCAAGAAUGUUUCAAUUACACGAUGAAUGCGUACGCGGCUAUAUGGAAGAUACCUGAGCCUCGUCUUGAAGUGAAAUAUCCACGAACCACCGGCCAGAUGCCAACAGGGGCAGACAAUCCAUACAAUGCUUGGUUUGUCAAGUGUGAAGUGCAAAGAGCGGAGUCGGGUGCUCUGAAGGACAAGAUAAUUGGUAUCUCCGAUAACAUCGCUCUGGCUGAGAUCGCCAUGAACCCUUCAGCUCUGUUGGGAGACUAUGUCCCUGAGUACGAUGCUACUGUGGUCACCAGAAUUCUCAGUGAAGGUGGCGAGAUAACAGGGAAGACUGCGAACAGUUCUACCAGUGGUAGUGGGGUUGUUGAAAACCCACACGAUACAACCCGUUUGGCCGGUACCGCUGAUUCAGGUGGCGCUGCACUGGUGUCUGGUGGCCAGCUUGACAUGGCUGUGGGGUUAGAUCACGGAGGGUCACUUCGUAUUGCCUCCAGCUGGACGGGGAUUGUCGGACUCAAACCUACCUAUGGGCUGGUCCCUUACACAGGGAUAAUAGCAGCCGAGGUGACGUUAGACCACGUGGGACCCAUGGCGAAAACAGUCGGUGAUUGUGCAGCUCUUCUCGAGGUUCUCUCUGGAACAGAUAACAACCUGGAUCCACGCCAACCAACAACACUGAAGUCCGUGAACUACUCUCGAGAGUUAGAGGAGUCUGUUGAUGAUCGCCGUAUCGGGCUACUGAAAGAAGGAUUUGACCUUGCGGAUGAGGAGGUGGCCAAAAUAGUCAUGAAAGCUGCCAUGAAACUGAAAACAGACGCCGCCGAGGUUGACAGUGUGUCAGUACCAGAACACGUACACGGUCGGGCUAUCUGGGGAAGCAUAUUUCUACAAGGAUCAAUCAAGACACUGACCCAAGGAAAAGGUAUAGGGGACGGCUUCAAGGGGUAUUACCCAGGCAGUCUCCAUGAUGCCUUGACUGCAACCCUUGGGAAAGAAUCCGGAAAACUCCCUUCCACGUCAAAGGCUGUGUACCUUACUGCGAAGUAUGUCAACCAGGAAACCAGCAACAGGUUUUACUGCAAGGCCCAGAAUCUAAGUCUGAAACUGAAGGCAGCGUACGACAGGGCCUUUGAGAAGUAUGACGUCCUCGUUAUGCCGACCGUGCCCUUCAUUGCACCUACAUACACCGACCUGCCCAAUAUGACAGCAGGUGACUACUUCAACGGCAUGGAGAUGGUGAGCAACACGUCUCCUUUCAACUGCACUGGUCACCCUGCUCUGACCAUCAACGCUGGGACCAUCGAUGGCCUACCUGUUGGCAUGAUGUUGGUUGGGCGCCAUUUUGAUGAAAAGCUGCUGUUACGAAUCGCAAAGAAGUUCGAGGGGGUCCGAGAUCCGAAGGAAGAAGAUAUGGAAACACCACCCAAUGAGGCUUAGACACUGGGGUCUUUGCAGUAGGAUACUUCAGGCAUUCGAUACACACAACAGAUAUGGAUUUCAGUUUUGAAAGUUGCCUGCCAAAAUUCAACAUAGCACGACGAUUGUGAUAACAAAAAUCAAAUUGACAUUGCGUUUUAGUCAUGCAUCUUGCCAUUUCUGAAUGUCUGUUUCAAUUUGGUGCACCUUUACAUUAAUUGUAUGUGUUUGUUAUUUAACAACGUUCAGUCCAAGAACUUUACUCGUAUUAUCCAAUCAAAGCAACAUCGCAUCUGUAGUAUCACAGUUGACUUAGACACAUACAUGAAAUUUAAAAAAAAAAUUUAAAUCUUAAAACACGACAGCCAAAUAACUUUCUGUUCGUAAAAGGGAACAUACAUUUAAGAAAACUCUUUAUGAUGUUGUUUUUUUUUAUAACGCCGCACUCAGCAAUAUUCCAGCUAUAUGACGGCGGUCUGUAAGUUAUCGAGUCUGGACCAGACAAUCCACUUAAUGAUGUAUGCACAUGUAUGUACACUUUGUUAUGAAAUAUUAACUGCAUGGUUGUAAAAUGAUUGACAUGUCAUAAUCUGCAUACUCUCCAUAGCUAUGCGACGGUAAGUUAAAACUCACUCACUCUACAUUUAUGACUUACUCACUUUAAGCUUUUACUCAACGCCACAAGUACAACCAUAGAUGAUGUUGCAUCUCUAUCUUCAAACGGUCAGCACAACGUGUCAAAAAUGAAAGUAAAUGUAUAAGGUUUAAUGCUUAGAAAACAAUACAAUGUAUGUGAUCAUGAAAUGCUAGACUUCCUCAUAACAUCUAUGACACUUGUUCACAGGCUAUUUAGGCAAGUAGUAAGCACCAGUUGUGUUUCCCUACUUUCUGAUCAGUUUGUUUAUGCAUACGAAUCGGAAACACAGUUCGGAUUGGCGAGAUCAAAAGUAGGGAAUUUAGCCAAGAGGUUUGGUUAAGCUACAGGUAUAUCGGUGAUCGGAUAUCGUUCAAUAAUGGUCAGCUAGCGACACCCCCUUCCACGGAUUAACCCACCUGGGCAAGAAUUAAAGGCUACCAUCAUACCAGUGAAUCCUCCCCAUCUGUUUCAUAUUUAGUUCCCAACGGAUUGAUACACUGAUACAGGGCGACAUGGACUUGUUGUACGACAAUCGGUAUCUGGCCCCUAGAGGUGCGCGGAGAAUUUGUAAAAAAAUUCUAUCUGCUCCCGUCGUUGAGCAAUUAAGAUGUACGUGAUUUGAAGCUUCUGUUUUUCACGGUAUCCCGUAAAAGGAGAUUAGCUGAAUGUAGUCGCACGUGUCAUUGCAUUUUGUCGCGUUGUCAUACCUCGUAUCAAUGACUGUAAAACAAUGCACGAGAAAGCUGAUACUCGGCCCUAUUUUAAUGUGUAAACAAAAAUAGUCCGUCGUGUCUGGUAACCAGGUUAGAUAAAAAACCAUGAGGGCGUGUUACCUCAAUUUAAUUUACAUAAAAAUGUUUUGAUAGCAAUGCAACCGGUAUGAUUCCCAAUCUAUAUCAAAUGGCAUAGUCACGUAUUGCAUAUUGCCGUGGUGCUGAAUCUAAUGAGUCACACAAUCCCAGAGACGAAAAUGCUUCAAAGGUUUCGGAUUAUCCAGCAGCUUCCUGCAAUGUGGUUUUUGACCACAUUGGUGGCACCGUCUUCCCAGACCAUGGUUCUGUCAUGGAUGGACAAUGUUCAUGUAGGGUCUUGCAAUAUUUGUUUGGGUUUUUAUGACAUUAUUUCUGGUAAGGGGGAAGCGCAAAAACAUUUUCCCAGAAAGUGCUUGGAAAAUAUACUUAUGUAUCAGUCUGUUGAAAAAAAAUUCCUUUUGCCUGGCACAAAAGACAUGCUGUUGGAAGGUGUGUUUAUUUUUACAACACUGUUAGGCUAAUUUCUGGUUUAAUGUGUUUUGUCCCCUUAAUAUGUUGUCUUAAUGAAGUUGGAGAUAUGUAUGUUUAAUCUAGUGUGACGUACACCUUUAAUUCUAACCACUUUUGUUUACAGGAAAGCUGAAGCAUGCCCGAGCAAAGCACAUCAAUUAUUGCAUAAAUACUAACCUUAUACCAGCCAAAGCACUGACCCGUCCUCGCCUUUAGUCAAAAUUAUACAGCUGUUCACACAUUGUGUCAGGGUUUUGUGUACAAAGAGGAAAAAUUACAUUUGUGGAUCUGUCCCAAGACAAUAAAAAUGCGCUGUCAGUUCA